UGUAAACAUUUAUGAAAACAAAAAUGUUAGCAGUGUGGUUAAGGUUUCGUUUACAUUUUAAGAAGAUAAAUUGUAGAAAUAGGCGGAGUUUAUGACUUUGUGGCUGUGUUAACUAGUGAAAACCAAAACGUAAUUUGUGGUGGCUGAAGUAAAAGGAAUGUAAAUGUCGGAGGACCAGGAAGCCCAGGAGGAUGAGUUGCUUGCUCUAGCGAGUAUUUACGAUGAAGAGGAGUUUCACAGAGCCAAAUCUGCACAGGGCGGUGAGAUACAACUAUGCCUUGAACUUCCUCCUAGUUUCAAGUUGAUAGUCAACGGAAACAAGCAGACCGAAUAUGACAUAUCUUUCCUACCUCCUCUGGUGCUUAACUUUGAACUUCCUGCUGACUACCCUUCUUCCUCAUCUCCGGUCUAUACACUAAGUUCCAAAUGGCUGUCAAGGGACCAGAUGACUUCUCUAUGCAAGCGCCUGGAUGGGCUGUGGGAGGAGAACCAGGGCUGUGUUGUUCUCUUCACAUGGAUCCAGUUCCUUAAAGAGGAGGCCUUUGCCUUCCUCGACGUCAAGUCUCCCCUGGAGGUGGUCAAGGGGGGCAACGCUCCGGUGGAAUGGAAGAGGAGUGAGGCUGGUGUGAAGCGGGCGGGGAGUCUAACCGGGGAGAAGGAUAAACUGGAGCCCCUGCUGGAGCUGGACCCCCGUGCUGUCCUGGUGGUUGACCCCCGUACUGAUAUCCUACCUCAGCUCCUGGACUUUGAUGAAGCUCAGAGGCAGAAGGUGUUUGACGCCAAGGCGUUCUGCUGUGGUAUCUGCUUCAUGGAGAAGCUGGGCUCGGGCUGCCUGUGCUUUAAGGAAUGCCAGCAUGUGUACUGCAAGACCUGCAUGACGGAAUACUUCCAGAUUCAGAUCCGCGACGGCAACGUUCAGUGCCUUAACUGCCCCGAGCCCAAGUGCACCUCCUUGGCUACACCCUCACAGGUCAAGCUCCUUGUCGGGGAGGAGUUGUUUGCACGUUAUGACCGCCUUCUGCUUCAGUCCAGCCUGGAUCUGAUGGCUGACGUGGUGUACUGCCCUCGCCAGUCCUGCUGCCAGGCUGUGAUGGUGGAGCCAGACACCACCAUGGGCAUUUGCCCUGCCUGCCAGUACGCCUUCUGCACCCUCUGCAAACGGGGAUACCACGGCCUGUCCCACUGCAAGGUCACAGCAGAUGAGCUGCGAGGCCUGCGGGAUGAGUAUAUAUCUGCCAGUGCUGAGGGGAAGAAGUUCAUGGAGCAGCGCUUUGGGAAGCGGGUCAUCCAGCGUGCUGUGGAGGAAUCCUUCAGCAGGGAUUGGCUUAAUGAGAACUGUAAAGGCUGCCCUCGCUGUGGCACUAAUAUACAGAAGGUUGAUGGCUGCAACAAGAUGACUUGCACCUCGUGUAAGCAGUACUUCUGCUGGCUGUGUCUGGGCCAGCUCACACGUGUCAACCCCUACAGCCACUUCAACAACCCCUCCUCGCCUUGCUUCAACCAGCUGUUCCAGGGUGUGGAUAUUGAUGAAGAUGAUGCCUUUUGGAGUGAUGAAGAGGACUGAUGUGCAAUACCUCCCAUGCGUGCUUCAUUUGUAUGCACUUUAACCGCCCAUGGAUUUAGCCAAUACAAUUUCUCACCAUCAUUGAUCAGGCAUUAACUUACCCAAAAUAUAUCAGUCAUUUCUGAUGGUUGAAUGGCUAGCGGAGAGCAAUUCCAGUUAGAAGUAGGCACAUUACCUUACUCCAAACAGCAGUCAAAUACUCAGGGCCAGUAUUUUUCUGAAAGAAUACUCGUGAAGAGAGUGUGAGCGAGUGUACCAAAAACAAAUGGGUUACAGUGUGUUUAGAUGAUUUGAACAGAUAACUUUGGUAUGUUUUAUCAAUCUCAAUAUGAAAAGGAAAUUCAGGGAUCCGGGGUUGAAAUCUUUCAAUCAAGAACAGAGGACAACAUUUUGGGAUAAUGUUUGUACAAUUUAAUGUCUGUCCUUUAGAACCACUUUAAUCAUGAUGAGUUAACUCUCUGUAUACCCGGAUACCAUCCAAACCAUGAGCAAAAAAAAGGGGUGAAUAAAGCUUUGCCAAAUGUGACAUUCAUCCAAUGGCCAUCAAGAAAUGAUUUUUAGACACACUAUUGUCCCUUUUUGUAUGUUUUUGUUCCUUUUUCACCAAAAGGUACACUUUAUUUAUCAUGUAACAUGAUUUGUUUGAAUGGGACACACUCAGGAGGAGGCUGGUGGGAGGGGUUAUAGGAUUAUGGGCUCAUUGUAAUGGCUGGAAUGGAAUUAAUCCAACAUGGGUUGAUACAUGGUUUCCAUAUGUUUCAUACAAUUCCAUUUACUCCAUUCCAGCUAUUACGAUGUGCCUGUCCUCCUAUUGCUCCUCCCACCAGCCUCCUCUGACGCACACUGUUGAUUAGGUUAAAUAUUGCAUUGUUUCAGUACAAAAGAUAUGUCCGUAACCACCCUGACAUUUGCUAGUUACUACCUACUCACAUUAUGAUCUUCAUCGAAACUUUUCAGAAAGUGAGGCUAAUUUGGAAAUGGACAUCAAUGUAAAUCACAUUCAAAAUACAUGUCCUGCUCUUAAAAUAGUUAUAUUGUGCUUUCACUUUAAUCUGUUAAUGUUGAAGGGGGACAGUCUGAUAUUUGCAGUAGUCCUGAAUUUAAAAAGUGUUGUAAUAACCAUAAACAUACAUAAAUAACCAUUUGGUUUUAGUGCUCAUUCCCAUGUUGGGGGUUUUAGGACAUUCUUCAUGUGUUCCUUUUCUCAAUACAUGUUAUAUGAAGUUACUCAGAAAUGUACUCCCUUGUUUAUUUUGUCACACUGUAUUAAGAGUGAACAUGUGAUAACAGAAUCACUUCCAUUCCUAUACUUGCAAAAGUGCUUGUACCUUGAUACCGCUGCAUGCAAUUAUAGUUCCUUAUAUCUUGUCCCAUAGUCACACUCAUCUGCUGGUAGAAAUUCUGCCUGUUGGCAUUGUUUUAAUCAAAGUACUUACUCUUUUUAGUUAUAUUGCCUCCCUUGUAAGUUCACUGUUGGCUUUGCUGAAAAGCUGAUUGCUGAGUUAGUGAUGAGAUGAGACCCAUCCGAAGGACGCAACCUUUCCAACGAGAACAUACAAUGCCUUUUCCUUCCACAAGAGUGUGCAAGGGCUGUGCUGUCAUUGUCUUUAACACAGAAGGCAUUGCUGAGUCAAACAGGUGGCAGAGGAAACCAAGAAUGAUUGUUGGUCCAAAAUUACUGAACUAACAUGAGGUGUUAGACAUGUUGCUGAUUAUGGUUACAUUCUGAAAUCAAAUGGGGCGGCAGGGUAGCCUAGUGGUUAGAACGUUGGACUAGUAACCGAAAGGUUGCAAGUUCAAAUCCCCGAGCUGACAUGGUACAAAUCUGUCGUUCUGCCCCUGAACAGGCAGUUAACCCACUGUUCCUAGGCCGUCAUUGAAAAUAAGAAUUUGUUCUUAACUGACUUGCCUAGUAAAAAAAAUGUAAAAUAAAAAUAAAUAAAAAUGUUCUGACUUCA